CGGCCACAGGGGGCAACAUUGAGCCCAUUCCACAGCUACAAACAAACUUCGUCAUCAGGCGACACUGAGUGAUGUGACUCAGAGGCAAAACAACGUGUGACUCCAUGGAGCAGCAGGAGGAGAAGAGAUAAUGCUAUAAAGUAAAGGCACCUUCAAGGCACAAUGUCCUCAGGCCACAGGCUGAGGGACGUGGAGCAGCAGCGCCCCCUGCUGGACGGGGAGGAUGAGGCGGCGGAGAGGAGUUCCCGUAACGAUGCAAAGCGACUCUGGUUCAUCCAGGACUGCUGCGGCAUGGUGUGUGCCUUCAUCACCUGGUUCCUGGUGUUUUACGCUGACUUUGUGGUCACCUUCGUCAUGCUGCUGCCCUCCAGGAGCUUCUGGUACGCCGUGGUCAACGGGGUGGUCUUCAACAGCCUGGCUGUGCUGGCGUUGGCCUCCCACCUCCGCACCAUGCUGACCGACCCGGGAGCUGUUCCCAAAGGAAACGCCACUAAGAAGUACAUGGACAGUCUGCAGCUAAAGCCGGGCGAAGUCAUCUACAAAUGUCCAAAAUGCUGCAGCAUCAAACCUGAGAGGGCUCAUCACUGCAGUAUCUGUAAGCGCUGCAUCCGUAAGAUGGACCACCACUGUCCCUGGGUCAACAACUGUGUCGGGGAGAAAAACCAGCGCUUCUUCGUCCUCUUCACUAUGUACAUCGCUAUAAUCUCCAGUCACGCUCUGGCUCUCUGUGGAUACCAGUUCGUCACCUGCAUCAGAGUCCAGUGGAGAGAGUGCAGUGAUUUCUCCCCUCCGGUGACGAUGAUGCUGAUGAUCUUCCUCUGCAUGGAAGCCCUCCUCUUCUUCACCUUCACAGCUGUUAUGUUCAGCACUCAGGUCCACUCCAUCUGUAACGACGAGACGGAGAUCGAGCGUCUGAAGAACGAGAAGCCGACCUGGGAGCGUCAGACUCGCUGGGCGGGGCUGAGGUCGGUGUUCGGAGGUCAGCCGUCGCUGCAGUGGAUCAGCCCCUUCGCUGGACUCAAACUACCAACCCUGAUCCACAGACGCACCUGGAGGGGCGGGGCAGAGUUCUCCGUGUGAGAAGCUGUCAGUCAAACACUGCACAGUGGUGGCGUUUCAUGGUGGUAAUGAACCUGCAAGAGUCCAGCUGGGUUUGCAGAACUCAUCUUUACCUGCAGUCUGUCACUGAGUCGGAGGAACUGGGCUCAGAUUCUGCUGCAUUAUGCUCAAUCUCCACCUCUAACGCCCGACCUCUGACCUUCCUGUCAGGUGGAGGAGCAUCAUCCCUACAGGAGAAACUAAAGAUGUAACCCGGUCAGACUGACUGGAGGCCGACGCUGUGUGGAGAAUCUUUAGGAGGGUUUCUUCCCCAUUAAUCGGUGGAGGAGUCUGAAUGUUUUUUUAAAUGUGCUCAUUAAGAUGCUGGAUCUUCUUGGAGCAGUUACUGAUUACUGGAAUCUUUAUUUGACCAAUAAUCAUAGAAUUUGUUUCCUCACAUUUUGGGGGAACCCUUAAACUGAUUUAUUUUGCUUCUGUAGAAGUUGAUCUGCACUGUGUGCAUCAACAUAAUAAUAAUAAUGAUCCUUCCUUUCAGUUAAAAUAAUACCAUCUAUUUCGGGCCCCUGUGGAGUUUCCUCUUGUGGUUUCCUGAGAUUCAACAAAUGUAUUACGCUUAUUUCCCUCAUCAAAACAUUUGCAGCGCUGACUCGUAAAGUAUUUUAAAUCCUGUAUUGUUUGCACCUUUUGUUAGCACAUAACUGUAACUGUGGAUCAGUGGGAUAGUGUAACACCACUGGAACACCACUGGAACACCACUGGAACACCACUGGAACACCACUGGCAGGUUUGUGGAUCUCAUCACUUGUGUUCUUGUGCGUCCUCGUGCUUGAGACAAACAGAGCAGGAACUGAUCCAUGGUGCUACGAGAGGUCUGAAACUCCACAGGAACCUUUAAGAAAUCAUAUUAUAAAAGUAAAAAGAAAUCAUAUCAAAUCAUCAUUUAUCUUUUUUUUCUUAGAUUAUUUGAAAGCCUCAAUCAAUGAAUCAAACACUCCAAAAUUCCUCCUUAAAUCAAACUUCUUUUCUUUCCUUAAAAAAAGUCACUCUGAAUGUUCUGUUUUUACAUUUCUCAACACAUUUGGCCUUCUGCAAGACCGUCUCUGGAUUCUCAUCCUGAAACCUUUUUGUGUUUGUUUACGUGAGUCAGCUUCACCAAACCAUAUUAACUGCACAACCAUGUCGUCAACUGUUUGUUUCAAACACCUGAACCUUCAGAUGACUGUAUCAAGCAAGGUUCAUUCACAUAACGUUCAAGACAAGAGUAAAAAUAACUUCUACCCUGAGUGUGAAGUUUUGCUGUCGGACUGUAAAAGUUGUAAUGCCAAAAUACUCCUGUACUACGCACGAUAAAAGACAUAAAACGCUCCGAAAAUCAGAACUAAAAUCUGUCGUAAGACGUCCCAAUAACAUGGCACAUCACACUGAUUAUUUAAUUUCUAUUAACCAUGAUGUUAGGGCUGGAAAUAUUGAUCCAUUAGUUGGUGACGUGUCCAAUACUUUGGUUUAGCACCAACUACCUGCAACACUAACAACAUUCACAAAAGCCGCAGCUGUACUUUGUUUUUACUGCUGAUUUGCAGACGUUAGCAUGCUAACAUGCUAAGGCAGUGACUGUGGUAAACAUUAUGCCUGUUAAUCAUCAGCAUGUUAGCGUUUAGCACAAAGCACGCUGUGUCUAAUUACAGCCUCACAGAGCUGCGAUCAUGACUCUGGUUUUAUCUUUGUAGUCUUUAUUUAAACUCAGAUAAUUUACACUAAGUGUUUAGCACAGAGACGAUCUCCUCUGUUGACACGUUGGCUGAGGUGCUCUUCUUAUCUGGUAUUAACGUGUCUCGGCUAAUCAGGUCGCAAGUGUAAAUGACAACUCUGAGGCAUUGUGAUCUGAUCACUCAAACCAAUUACCAGUGUCAUAUCUUUUUAAUGUAAACGUACACAUGCUACGUCUUAAUUACUUACUUAAUUAAUUAAUUACUAAGGGGACCUUCUAUCAGAAGUGUUGUAGGCGAUAACAACAUCUGAAGGCAGCUGGAGACACAUGAUAGACACAUGAUAGACACAGGCGUAAACGGUGAUUUCUCUCAGUUGUCUCGUCUUCUUGUUUCCAGAUCACUAGAACAUGUUAAUACCAGGUGUAAGCAGGCUCAUAAAUAACAAAUAUCCUCAGGAAUGGAUCUUUCCUGACACCUCGUACCCUCAAAGUGUCGUUUGUUUGUGACUUUCACUGUCUGGAAAAUGAAAACGUAGCUGUUAAGUGUGUGCGGUGAGAUUUAACCUCGUGUACUGUGUAUGGAGCCUCACUGAGCUCCUGUUUGACAUUCCCAUAGAACGUGAAAUGUUCUGUAUGUUUUAUUUUUUUAACCCCUGUACAAUCUGUAUGAAACCACAGUCAGGACUGGACCAUUUUUCUUCACCACCUCUCAACUGGAUGAACCUCACGGGAUGAACAGCUGAAUGCAAAGUGUGUCUCUGGUUAUUUCAUGCUGCCUCUUCCUCCUGCUCACUCAGGGGAGUUUUCUUUACUGAUCAUUCAUGAAAUCAUCUUCCACAAACUCCUUAAGUAUUUUACCUGACCAGGUGAAACCAGGUGUCUGCGGGUCCUGGACAAAGUCUGAAACUCUCUUGUUUAUCAAAAUGCAAACCUUAAAGUCAUUAAAUGUUCCUUCUGUCUGUAGAGAGUCAAAUCAGUUCCAUCCUGCAGACAUUUAUAAAGAUCAUGUUUGUUUUAAUUUCUUAAACAUGGGUAUUUAUUUGAUUCUGAAAACCACUUCAAGUAUCCUUCAGUUUAAACUGAAGUCCAAUGAGACUCGCAGACAAAACUGUUGAAAGAAAACUAAGGGAAUCUGACUUUUCAGAGAAUGUAUCGGACUGCAGUGACUGUACAUUUGUUUUUGAGAUUUCAGAGAUUUUUAUAUGUUGAUCUGUUUCCAUUUUUCAAGACACUUCGAAUAAACCGAGAUCCUCUCUACCUCUUUAAAGAA